AGAGGGCCGAAUCUGCGACACGACGAUCGCGCUGCAAAUUUCAACGUACGUUGGUAGAAAUUUAUUGUCUUGUUGAAUAUAGGGAUACGUGAGCGGUUGUCAGGAACAAAUAAGGAACACGAACAACCGCUCCCAAAGCGGGCAAAGGCGGUAACCGCCCUUUUGACUCCAGUAUUUUGGAAAAUUUCAGCUAAGUUGUAUAUAGGUUAAUUUUAUUGUGGAAAAUCAAAGAAUCGGAAUAAGCUGUUGCCAUUGUCAACCCGGAAGUGGAGGUAAGGUCUAGCCUAGAUACACGACCUACCUAACCUAGGCUAGGCCUAGGCAAGCGUUAAACAUUCAUCAUCUGGUGCUGUAUACAAUUAUUGUUCAGUUCCUUUGCUCUUCGAAUGUGUAAAUUGGAGUUUCUGUGAUACGGAGACGCAGGAAGGAAGGUUUAACAUUGUGUUUGAUACAAUUUUCUGUGGAUUUUUCUUCGUUGAAAUAUUUUGAUAUCUGUUUAAACAUGUCUUGAUUUUCGUUCUGUUUAAAUAUGGCAGUGGAGGUAGUUGGCUGCUUAGAGGUCAGCACGGUUCACCGUGUUGAUAGUGGACUCCCACGUUGGCAGUCCACUUGCGCAAGAAUCGUCCUCAACGUUUAGGAUUUAUUCAGUGACGACUCAUAUUUUGAGUCUUGUUUUCACGAACGUCACAUAGGCCUAAUACCAAGACAUACUCGAAUACCACCAUGUUUAAUAAUAUUAAAAAUUCAGUUUAUUGAAUUAUCAAAUACUAGGCCUAUAGGCUAGCAGAUAGGCCUAGGGCCCAAGUUACUCUAGACUCUUGCUCUUCUUUUACAAGAGGCAGGGUUGUCAUUUUGCCUUUAUAUUAUUAAACAAAAUUUAUUCUGGAAGUUUGGUACCCAAUAGACUUAGUCAAACAGAUAUAAAUAUAGUACAGUUAUGAAUAAAAAUCCUAUAAAACAGCAAGAAAGUAAAAGCAUGUCGAAUGGCAUUGCUUCAGGAGAGGAAGGCGACAUUAUUGGGAGGGAUCGGAAGGAAGUACCGGUAGUGAACCAGCUACCACGUUUGAAUGGCAGUGGAAGUGCACAUCAUCAUUUAAAACUAACUGAAAGUAAUGGUGAUUCAACGAUGGUGCUAGAACACUCAAUAGAAAGUGAAUUGAAACGUGUCAAAUCUUUAACAAUGGUGACUAGUGCUCUUCGGAGUGAAAAUGGAGCGAGGAAGAAUAAAUCAGUUAUGAUAAAAGAGCCUGAGGAGGUAAUAGCUAAACGUCAACAAGAAAAGAUAGAAAAAGAACAACAGCAUUUGAAAGAUGCAGAAGUUGAAAAACAGUCUGAGGUUAAUUCACUUGAAGAAAGAUCAGACAAAGAAAAUGGGGAAUCAGUGAAAGGAUUUGAAAAAUUUGUAGAAAGAACUGCAUGUCAAAUAGAUGAAGAUGGAACAAUCAAUUUAAAUACUGAAAACAAUGGGCAAGAUGGGCAGGAGAUUGUGAAGUGUGAAGCGGAAGAGGAGGAGGAGAAAGAAGAAAAAGCUGUCGGGGUUUCUCCUUGUGGACGCUUUAUGAAGUUUGAUAUUGAGGUUGGUAGAGGUGCUUUCAAAACAGUGUACAAAGGUUUAGAUUCAGACACUGGUGUAGCUGUGGCUUGGUGUGAAAUGCAGGAACGCAAAUUAUCAAAAGCAGAUCGCCAACGAUUUAAGGAAGAAGCUGAAAUGCUGAAAGGACUGAGUCACCCGAACAUUGUAAGCUUCUACGAUUAUUGGGAGGCAGUGUUUGAAACUUCUUCUGGUACGCGGCGCAAGCACAUUGUCCUCGUCACGGAGCUAAUGACAUCUGGCACACUCAAAACAUACUUGAGACGAUUUAAGGUUCCAAAACCUAGAAUGUUACGUGGAUGGUGUAAACAAAUCCUAAAAGGACUUCACUUCCUGCAUACACGACAACCACCUAUCAUACAUCGAGACUUGAAGUGUGACAACAUUUUCAUCACCGGAACCUCGGGCUCGGUAAAAAUCGGUGACUUAGGCUUGGCCACUCUCAAGAAGAACUCUUUUGCAAAAAGUGUUAUAGGUACCCCAGAGUUCAUGGCUCCUGAGAUGUACGAAGAACACUAUGAUGAGUCCGUGGAUGUAUACGCAUAUGGAAUGUGCUUACUGGAGAUGGCCACCUCUGAAUAUCCGUACUCUGAGUGUCAGAAUGCCGCUCAAAUUUAUCGCCGCGUAACAACAGGCAUCAAGCCAGCGAGCUUUGAGAAAGUAAAAUAUUCCCAGAUUAAGGAAAUUAUAGAAGGAUGCACAAUGUCGGAUCAUACGGCAAGGUAUUCCAUUAAAGAACUUCUAAACCAUGAGUUUUUCGAUGACACCGGAUUUCGAGUGGAGCUCGUUAAGGAUGACAAUAUUGGUAGUAUCCAAUUACAAUUGAAAAUAGAGGACCCUAAGAAGAGACGCGACAAGCACAAAGACAAUGAGGCGCUUCAGUUUGAUUUUGACCUAGAGAAAGACGACCAUGAGAAAGUUGCGGCGGAGAUGGUCAAAUCAGGCUUUCUAAAUGAGGAGGAUCAGAAAACUGUUGCGAGAAGCAUACGUGAACGGUUAACACACCUGCGGAAAACACGUGAAAAGAAGGACAAGGAGAAGCAGGAUAAACAGGAGAAGCAGGAGAAAGAACGAUUGGAAAAAGAAAAACACGACCGCGACCGUCAGGAAAGAGACAGGCUAGAAAAACAGGAAAGAGAGGUUGAAGCAGGUGAGUCGAUUACUACAUCUGAUAGCGGUGUAGGUGUGUCAGCGGUGUCAGACCAGAACAGCAAAGGUCAUUCAUCCUCUCAGUCGUUUGGCCCAACAUCAGGACAACAGGUAUAUUCAAGCUCACAGUUUGCUAAUCAGUCCUACCAACAAAACGUGCCCCAGAGUAUACAACAGCCACAGCCCGGACAGUCUCAACAUUACCAACAGACGACACCCUCUCAAUCAGGCAACUACCCACCGACAUGUGACCAAGUGCAAUAUGGGGAACAGAGUCAGCAGUUUCAACAGCAGUCGCAGCAGUUUCAACAACAGACACAGCAGCAACAACAGUUUCAACAACAGACACAGCAGCAACAACAGUUUCAACAACAGACACAGCAACAACAGUUGCAACAGCAGUUUCAACAACAGCAACAGCAGCAGCAACAGUUUCAACAACAGACACAGCAGCAACAACAGUUUCAACAACAGACACAGCAGCAACAGUUGCAACAGCAGUUUCAACAACAGCAGCAACAGCAGUUUCCUAAUCAACAGUUUCAACAGUAUGUCCAGGGAAACCAACCAGGUCAACAAUAUAUUCCAACCACUCAGCCUGGUCAACAGGCUGGGGCAAUGGGUCAGCAGUAUGUUGUUGGUCAGGUCAUAGUUCAGCAACAGUCAAAAACUGACGUCCAACAAGUUGACCCACAGCAAGCAGGUAAAUACACAGCCACAUCGGAGCCUAAAGAUACUAUUGUUUCUUUUGACAGUCAAACAGUGUUCGCCGAUGAUGGAAAUCAACAAGGUGAGAAAGAGAAGAGAGACAAAAGCAAGGAAGAACGAAAACAAAGGAAUAAAAACAUAAAAAGAAACAAAGAUCGUCCUCCGAAAGUAUCAGUUAUAUCGUUUGAUAAGGAGAUUUUAGAGUGCGCAUUCACCAAUCACUGUGGCCAGCAAGUUACAUUUAGAUUCAGUUACGAAGAUGAUAACCCUGAAGAGAUGGUUGCAAACUUUAUUCAGAAUGGCAUGAUCUCGCAUACCUAUGAGUCUAUGCUGAUAGAUCAACUCCAUAAGAUAUGUGAGGAAUCUAAACUGAAAGGACCAGCAGCGAUUUCACCACCUGGUGAGCUAGAGCGCCCUGUACCACCAUCUAGUCCUAAAUCGUUGUCUCAAAGUGCGCCAGCAAUACAAAGUGAUGUUGAUCAAGAUGAUACAGGAGCACAGACACAGGUAGUGGAAAAGCAGUCUGAAUUUGUUUUACCAUCACCUAAAAAAGAGCCGCCUGGAGAUCUGACGUCCAACACUGCAGCUUUAAAUCCAGAAGCAUUUACAGAUAGUCCAGUUAUAAAUGUUAAUGUAAACGUAAACGUAACUGCAGGUUCAGCUUCUGCCGUCGAAUCUGGGGCUGAAGUACAACAAAUACAGCCGGACCUAUCAUCAUCAGCUGGUUCUGUUACAAUGAAGCCAGCAUUUGAUCAACUGUCUAAUCAAAAAGUAGCCUCGUUAACCUCUGACACUCAAGGUCCUCCUUUAGGCAGUCAACCAAAUAUGGUGUCUCAACAGUAUUUUGUUCAGAACACCAUGGCCAAUGUAGUAUCAACAAUUGGUAGUAGCAUUUACCAGCAUACUCCAACCCACCAACCUCAGGGCACCACUGUGAUGGCUGCUCAGUCUGGUGCUACAACACAAGCAUACAUCCAACCCCAAAUCAUGAACUCUGGGCAGAUGGAUGCUAAAAAUCAAGUUAUUUUUGAUGGCAAAGGCCUAGAUCAGCCAGCAAAUAUUGUCCUUGCCAAAUCUGGUAAUGUGAUCAAGCCAGUUGGUGUUCACCAAGGCCAGCCAGGCAACGUCCUUAUAGCAACGCCACAACCAAUGUAUCAACAGGGGCAAGUGCAGCCGGUGACUAGCGGACAGGUUUUCCAGCCAGUUCCACAACAGCAAGGGCACCAGCAGCAAACUCAUCAAAUGUUUGCUCUGCCGCCUGGAUAUCAACCGUCAACUUCGGUCCAACCUGUUGCUACUAACAUACCUGUGUACCCCAGCCAGCCUCAGCCUAUAGCACAGCAGCCCAACCAAGUCUACCAGCAAAGUACCCAAGAAGGGUCCAACCAAACUUGGAUGUCUGAUCAAACAGGCCAACGGGUGCCAAACCAGCAGCCUGUUAGUCAGAAUCAAGCAAAGAGUGCGCCAUCAUUAAUGGAUCUGGAUCAGAAACUUGCCAAAGUUUCCAAAAAGCCAGGCAAAGGUGGGUCUGCCUUUGUACCUCCCACAACUAGUGUGCAUGGGCAAAUUCCUAUUCCAACCCCUCAAGGGUCUCAGGCUGGAACUAAUAUUAUCCCUCAACAGGGUCAAAUCAUGUCUGGAAACAUGCAGCAUCCAAUAUCUAAUGUUUCCAUGACUCAGUUUACAGCACAGCAGCAGCAGCAGCAACAACAAAUGUUUCAUAAUUGUGCUGUGUCUUCCCAGCAACAAUUUUCUGGUGUACCGAUAUCAACUCCUCUUGGACCACACACUGUGCCUGGUACCACUGGAGGUACAUAUGUUCAACAAAUUCCACCCCAAAAUGCAAUGCAUCCCAAACUUGAGAGAAAAACUUCUGAUCAAGCAAAUAGAAUGAUGAAGAAUCAAGCCAAGGAACGCCCUUUUAAUGACCAAUCAGGUGUAAUGACCAUAGAAAGGAGAACAUCUGACCAAGAACUCAUUGCAUCUAUAUCACCACCUGAACCAAAUCUGAGUACUCAAAGUUCUGUUGAGCUAGAAAUUGCAGAACAGACAUUGAAAGACAAAACCAAAGAUAUUGAGGAUGCUCGCAAAAUGUCUGUGGACCUCGAGCCUCAUGCAGAUAAUGUUGUAGUACCAAGUGCAAAUGGUGUUCCGUCAAGAUUCUCUGUAAGGAAAGUUGAUAGCAGCCAAGUAAUUGUUUCAACAGGCAAAGUAGAUGAUAACAUUGUGCAAGAAGCAGGAGAUACUGCUGCAGCUGGUCAACCUUCUGCAGAAGAAAACUUAAUUGAAAAGCCUGUACAUGUUGGCCGCUUUAAGGUUUCUCCAGCUGCACAAGGUUCAAAGGAGAGUCCUCCGGAGUUUCAGCCUCCUGUGGUGGAGGUUCCAGAGGAAGAUAAAUCCAGUCCAGCACAACUUGAUAACACAAAAACUAUUACAAAUGUAGGACGCUUUCAAGUGCUAAAUGUUGGCACACCCAAACUGCCAGAUGACACAUCAGUGGAUGAAAAACAAAACAGGAGUGGGAGUCUGCAAGAAAAAGAACCAGUACACACCACAACAGCAGUUGAAAGCCUGAAGAAGUUUGAAUCUGAUCAACAACACAGGCCUCUACCUGCUUUCAGCCCACAAACAUCAGUCAAUGAAACUGAGAGAUUAGAUUCCAUACCACGAGAACUGGUGGAAUCUGUAUCUCUAUCUGCACCUUAUCCAUUUGAUCGUAAAAGUAGCAUCUCUGGAAGUGAGCGUGGCACACCAGACAGCAUCACAGCAGAGAUGGCCCAUGCAUCUGUGGCCAAUGUGAAUCAUGUGAUACCUUCCCAGGCUGAUUCAGUUUCAACAGGAAUGUCACCGGAAACUGCAUCAAGUACUCCUGAACCUAACCAAAUGAAUUUUGCACAGGCCAGCCAGUUCAUAGAUAACAACGUCUUACAACUCAUGACCAGGCAACAAGAUGAACUUGAUAAGCUACACAAGAGAUACAUGGAGGACAGAGAAAAAUUAUUAAAGAAACAUAAUCAAGAAUUCAGUGAAGUUUUGAGUGCUAAAGGUAUUGCUCUUUUUCCACAACUACUAGAGGCCUUGCGCAAGAGCUUGGCACCGCAGACAUCAAAGUCUUCACAAGGUGUCAGUUUUCAGCAGCUUCCAUCCAAUUUUGUACUUAAUGACUAUUUACCUGGUCACGGAAGCCCACCAGUCAUCACAGAAAAUCGAUUGGAUCACCAUGUGAUGCAAACGAUCCCAACACAACAAGUUUAUUUACCUACUACUCAUUCUGCCAUCAACACCACAACUAUCCCGUCGCACAGUCAGUCAUACAACGCAGCUCUUGUAGACUCAAGACUGUCAGGGGCUACCCAACCUAUGCCUGUGUACCCUGUUGUACAACUGCCUUCCAUGAACAAUGUACCUGUACCUACCAGUUUGGUCUUCAGUCAGACACCAUAUCCAUCUGUUGCUUCUAUACCUGUAGAGUCGGACAUGCAAAGAUUUCAUUCGUUAAACCAACAAGGCCAACAUUGUGACCCCAACCUUCAAGGUAUAACUGCGCGUCCAGGCCUUAUACCAAACGCACAAAUUGUUGGCACACAAAGCGGUGACACGUUAGAUCAGGUGCCAUCAGUCGGUCAACAGAUGCCGUCACUUAGCCAACAAAUGCAGUUGGCCGGACAACCGAUGCUGUCUGCCGGCCAACAGAUGCCAUUAGCAGGUCAACAGAUGCCUCAGAUGUUUCAAAAUAUACAACCCAGUCAACAACAGCCUAUACAACCCAGUCAACAACAGCCUAAGCAUGCUUAUACGAGAAGUAUAAGUGAAAGUUAAGGCACCUAGUUAUUGUGCUAUAUGUAGAAGCAAGCCUAAGAAGACUAUCACAUUAUUAUUAAUGGCUUCUAGUUUAUCAGGAGCCAACUUCAAUACACUCCUUCAGUGUUUAGGUGAAUGCCUAUCAAUGCAAAUGUCAACUUGGCACAAGCUAAAUAGUUUUACUUGGCUAUAAAAUUUGUUACAGUGUAAAUGAUAACAGAUUCUUUUUGGCUUGUGAUUAUGCACAAUGCAUUUGUAGAUUUGCUGUAAAUCAAUCAAUUAUUUAUUUAUAGGCAUAAUCAAUAUUGAAGCUUAAAGCUUUACACUAAACAUUCAAACUUUCGUAAUGAGCUCAGUAGCAGCUACGGUAUGCAACAACAAAAGGAUGGCAGUAAUAUUUGCAACAUGAGAGAAAAAUCGAGCUACAAUAAUUUGUACUCGUGCAAUAGUAUGAAGGAAAAUGUAUAGUUUUUAUACUUACACUUGAUUCACAUGAGAAAAAAUGUACACAGGAUAAAUUCAGCAAGCAUCCCCUUCUGCAUCAUGUUUAUGUGAAGGUGCAUCAGUCUGAGAAUAGAAUGGAUCCCAUAAAAUGCCCAUUUUAAGACAGAUAUCUCAGAGGCAUUUAACUCUCCUGAGAAUGGACAGGGAUAGCCCCUUAUCCUACACUGUGGCAUUGCUUUUACGCGCAAAAAUUAUUCGGCUUAUCUGUUCUACUCAGGAGGAAAAUCUGUAGACGUCUGUCAAACAUAGAUAUCUGUCAAACAUCUAGUAAGAUGCUAGUAAGUAGCAUCCCGGGUAAAAUUUUGUCUUGUGUGAAUUGGGUGUUAAACCUUGUCCACACUAUCAAAUUUUAUUUGACAAAAAAAAAUGUGUCAUCCCUAAAUAUGGUGACAUCACAUCAUGACUGUAUUUACAUGGGUUUAUCAUCAUGACUAUAUAUGUGCAUACAACAGU